AAGUUGCCGCUCAGCAGCUGGGAUUUGUGAAAUUCAAUCGCCUCCUGAAUCCCCGAGGCAUGCGCUGGAACAAUUGUCGUGUGCCAUUCGCCUGCCCAGCUGUCUGUGAUCGGUAUGUGGACAUCUUUGACUUGGAUGGCAAUGUGCGUGAUCCAGCGAAUCCCUGGAAUCUGUCUAAGCUGCUGAAGCUAAUGCAGGCCAUUCUCAAAUUGACCGAUGUCAAUCGAAUCAAUGAACCAACUAACAAUGCAAUUCGUGCGGAUUUGUGUAGAAGCAAGAAACGGGAUGGGGGGCAUAUGAAAAUCGAACGAUCCCUGAAGGUGGCAAGCGAACAAAUGCCUAAUUCGUCUGCCGCUAGGCGGCUAAAGGCGUCGAAGAAGGAAGAAGACAGUAAAGAGGAACAUGUACUCGAUGCAGAAAUCCCAACCAACGGAUCUCCACUGAAUGCCUCUUCACGAGUUGCAACGCCACUGAAUGCCACCUCACAUGGUGCAUAUCCAAUGCGUGUAUUUGGCGAACGGGCGCAUCGACUUCUGGCAAGCGAUUUGCUGUUGACCGAUAGAAAGGGACGCCGGCAUGGCCAUGGCAGCCCACAGUUGGAUAACUUGCGCUCGGAGCAGCACCGGAUUCUAAAUGAAAUAUUCAGAAACCUGAGUCGCAUGGAUCCCGAACGAUUUCUAGAAGCCUUGACCGGCGCAGACCUAACCGAGGAGGAUGCCAAAUUGAUGAAGGGCGAAAAGGUGAAUGUGAGCGUCAAAGAUGUAUCCGCCUUCUACACGAAAGUUGUGGCCGGUUCAGACAAAAUUGAGCAACUCAAGGAGGCCAAGCAAACAGGUCGGCCAAUUAGAGAACGUAGAUAUUUUGGUGAACCGCUACCCGUAGUUUUUCAUGCGCCAUACGAUCCCAACAACCAAGCGACUUGGCUGCGUCGUCAUCCGGAUCAACUGCGCCUGCAGCCGGACGGUCGACUGGGCAUGUCUUCUGUGCAACACUACAGACGCGACUCUGUGCUGAAAGCAUUGAAAAUCGCCAGCGAAAGAUAUUCGAUUCACAGUCUAAAUAACCUGAAAGUGGAAAGGACGAGAACGGCACUCCAACAUAAGUCGGAGUACCAACGUGUCUUCCGUCCGUCCAGCGGCAGGCAUCCGAAAAAGUUAAAAUCAGAACAUUGAAGCGAUUUCUAGUACUCCUUGCUUUCUAGCAUUCAAAUUGAAAUUCCUAUCAUCAAAAAAAACAAAAACAAAAA